CAAAACUACACACUCCCACUACCCCACACUCACCAUCUCACUCACCAUCAUCUUCUUGCAUUGUCUAUAACUACAGCACGGCCAGCGCCAUCCUCUGCAUCGCGCCUCUAAUCUCAAAGCAUCCCUCCAAAUCCAGAAACCGAAACGCCCACUCGAUGGCGUCGCCCCACAAUGGCGACGGUUUCCGAAGCGCAAGCCCAGUCGCGCGUACUACUACGCCCAUGAGCUCGAGAAGAAGAUCAUCGGCAGCAACAACGCGCCCGCGCAGCGACAGCACCUUUUCGCGCGCGUUUGAUGGCGCGGACGUCAGCCCGACCGGCACGAGCGCAGUCAAGCCGCUCGUCGAGGACACCUUUGUCGAGGAGUACGAGGACAAUGACGACGAUGACGACGACGAUGGAGACGAUGACGACGAGGUGCUCCCGCUGCACUCCAACACCUUUGUCGAUCUGCACGUCGUCGGAGGGAACAAGGAGCGCGGCAUCCGCGCAUACCUGCACCCGACCAUCCUCCAGCUCUACGACCACAACUAUGGCCUGUUCCUCAUCGCCAUGGCGCAGUUCUUCUUCGCGUCCAUGUCGACGUCGGUCAAGUUCUUGAUGGAGACGACCGAGAUGUCGACACUCACCCUCAUCUUUGUGCGCAUGGGCAUCACUCUCAUCUUCUGCUGGAUCGUGCUCUUCAUCCGCCGCGACCCGCACCCCAUCCUCGGCCCGCCUGACGUGCGCAAGAUCCUCGUGCUGCGCGGCAUGGCCGGCUUUGGCGGCCUCGUCUGCGCCUACCAGGCCCUCCGGGCGCUCAGUGUGUCGGACGCCGUGACGAUUAGUUUCCUCACCCCGAGCUUUACCGCCCUGUUUGGGUUCCUCCUCCUCGGGGAGAGCUUUGGGCUCAAAGAGGCCAUCUCGGGCUUUGCGUCGCUCCUCGGUGUGAUUCUCAUCUCUCGCCCACCAUUCAUCUUUGGCCAUGGCUGGGACACCAAGCCCAUGGAUGAUAAUACCCGCAAGGGACGCCUGAAUAUCGACCUGCCGACUGACGACACUGAGAGCUCGUCUCGUCUUGUCGCUGUGACCUGGGCCCUUGGGGGUGUCUUCUUCUCUGCUACGGCGUAUCUAUCUAUUCGCUACAUCGGAAAGCGGGCCAACGCCCUCCACUCGAUCGGCUACUUCUCGAUGGCCUGUACUUUUACCUGCGGCAUUGCGAUGCUCAUCAUCCCUGGCAACCAGCAAUGGCCUAAUAAUACCUACGGAUUUGCCCUCAUCAUUCUCAUCGGCGUGUUUGGAUUCUGUGCCCAGUGCCUCCUUACCUUUGGGCUGCAGCACGAGAAGGCCGGCCGAGCGGGUCUGGCAAUGUAUCUUCAGAUCUUCUUCGCCGUCAUCCUCGACCUCCUGGUCUUCGGCACCAUCCCCACCUUCCUCAGCUUCCUCGGCACAGUCAUCAUCCUCUCGUCAGCGGCGUGGGUCGCCAUGUCGAGCCUUAAGAAGGCGCCGCCUGCCCUCGAGGACAACGAGGAGACGCCGCUGUCGCGCAGCCCGUCGCCGCAGCCGGUGGGAUCCAAGUCUGUCCGAGGCGAACUGUACUCGUACACAUCUGUGCCAACCAGCGACACUGCCCCGUCCUCGUCCGCGACGCUGAAUGUGCCUGCGUUCCAGCAGCGGCCGCCGCCGCCCAAGGAUGAGAUUGGCAAUAGCUGUGGCCUGUAGCUGCUGCAUGACCUGCAUUGUAGUUUUUAAUCUGCAUGUUGUUAUUUUGAG